AUGGAUAACUUGAGUUGGGAGAAUCCGGUGGCUAUCAGAACUAAGGUUUCUCUAUGGAGCAAUCACCAUGACAAUAUCACAGACUCCAGUGAAGGCUACAACACCAGCUUCAAGGAGAAGUUGGAGCUCAACGAAGCUCUGCUCAGCUCAAGCUUAGAGCUACAGAGAAUUCUGGCAGCACUCCAAACGAGUUCAAGUUUGGAUAGAAUCAGUGAGAGGGUGGAAAUCUCUACUCCUAGUUUGGGUCUGCGUCUGCUGCAGAAUCCAGUUGAUUCUGUUCUCAUGAGACCUGUAGUGGGUACUACUUUGUGGGAAGCUGCUUCUUCUCCACCCAUUGGAGCAUCUGAAGAGCUACAUGUCAUCAGCAACACUUUUGAUGCCCAGGAUGACCUUUCGGCUAUCUUUUCCAGCUGCAAAAAUGGUAAUGGAUCUUUGGAUAGCCAUCAAGCAAGUGUGACUUCACAUUGUUCUUCAAGGAAACCAAGUAGCAAGAGAAAAUUCGACGAGUUCACGAGAAUAGGAGAGAACUACUACAUCCGCAGUCUCCUUGAAUCGAAUUCUUCCAGUAAAGAGGGAGGUUUUCAGAUUAGCUUCACGAGGGGACAGAAGCUGGGAUUCGUGCAGGAAGGCGACUAUGAGAUUGACAACGAGGCCAUCGCGCAAGUGAAGGAGAUGAUCUACAGGGCUGCAGCUCUUAGGCCGGUGAGUCUGGUGGCGGAGGAGGCGGUGGAGAAGCCAAAAAGGAAGAAUGUGAGGAUAUCAAGCGACCCACAGACUGUUGCUGCAAGGCAGAGGAGGGAAAGGAUCAGUGAGAAGCUAAGGGUUCUGCAAAGGCUGGUGCCAGGAGGCAGCAAAAUGGACACUGCAUCAAUGCUCGAUGAGGCUGCCAACUAUGUCAAGUUCCUCAAGUCGCAGGUCAUGGCCUUGGAAGCCAUAGAUAACAGCUGGUAUGAUCCAGUUAGCAGUACCACAGCAGCACGCACCCUUUCCACUGCAUCUGAACCAGGCUUUUCCCAUGCAACCUUUCUCCUCCACCCAAAACCCUAA